AUGUGCAGCAACUACUACGGGAACUCCUGUGGAGGAUGCGGCUGCGGCUCAGGCUGUGGCUAUGGCUCAGGCUGUGGAUAUGGCUCUGGCUGUGGAUAUGGCUGUGGAUACGGCUCCAACUGUGGAUACAGCUCUGGCUAUAGCUGCGGCUCUGGCUGUGGAUACGGCUCUGGCUGUGGUUAUGGCUCUGGCUGUGGAUAUGGCUCCCGUUAUGGCUGUGGUUACCACUCUGGCUGCUGCAGCUACAGAAGAUGUUCUUCUUCGUGCUGCUGAUCACUUCAACAAGUCAUACUUUUCUCUUUAAGGUACUAUUCUACCAGCAAGUUCAAUUGAAAUCCUCCCAUCCAUUCACUUCAAACUGAAGAAAAGAUGAAGUUCUGCUGGGCACCUGACUUGACA